AAACGAAUAUGAAUCUAUCAGUGAACAUACUUUUCAGACCUCUAAAAUGGCAGCAAAUGAGGCAGAGGAAAAUGUAAAAAUUAAAACCACAGGGUUGGGAGCCAUUUUCAACUAUAUCCAGGAGAACAAGGAUACUCUGGCGAAAGAAACCAAACCUGAUCCAAAUUCUUCGUGGAAGAAUGUUCCAUUGGAUCUUUUAUGUGAUGUCGGGCACGGGAUUCCUAAGUCCCGGAAAUCCCAGCGACCUUCUGCAUUUUUCUGCGACGUUUGUCAAAUUGAUCUCAACUCACAGGUGACCUACGACACUCAUGUUGCCGGGAUAAAACACCAGAAGAAAGCUCGAAACUUGAACCACCUGGAGAAGGGACUAGGAGAAGCUUCUCUUAAACCUCAAAUCAAGAAGAAUAAAGGAGUAUCCUCUACUAAUAUUAAAGUUAGAAUUUUAUUUUUAUGGGAGUGUUUACGAAAAUGCAAGUAG